AUGUGCGCUUCAGAUGCAGGCUUGUGCGUGCAUGUGCUCUUUGGAUCCUCGCCUCCGCAAACAUCUCCAAACCAUCUGAAAGCAUAUGCAUUUCAGCAGCAAGCAAACCCUCCACUAAGCCGAGUCCAAGAAGCCCAGCAGCCACAUAAAAAGUUUUCAAUCCUUCCUCCUCCUUUCAAUCUCCAGCAUCGUGGAAAAGGAGGGAGUCGACGGUGGCACCGACGAGCUUCAAGAGGGAGAGUCGGCCGCCGGCACAUAUCAACGUCAAGAACCGCGGCUGGCGUGGAACGAGCAGUCGGCGAGGCGGAGCUGGCGCGCAAGUUCAUGGACGACGUUGUGUGCGUGCGGUCGUUUGAUGGAGGAGGCGGCGUGUUCUGGAAAUGCGGAUGGGGUUUCUGCGUGCCAGGGUCAUGA